GGACAAAUGUUGGUUGCUCGGCCCCUGAUUCUUCAUACUUUCCUCCUUGAGAGCACUCCAAAGUGUACUCCUCCUCCAAUCUUAUCAUUUCAUUGGUCAUCCCUUCUUCCUCCUCCAACCCCCACUUUCCUGCAUUCUUCGGGGGACUUGGGUUUUCGUGUUGAUUCUCUCUCUUUCUUUCUUUGCCCCCUUUUUUGUGAACUUUUAGGGACGUGGGGGCCUGUGAAGAUUUGACUUUGAUACUGUUCAAUUUUGCAUCUGAAAUGCCGUAAACAAAAGGUGGUUUACCCUUUUUCUGGGCUUUUCCUUUUCCAUAUUCUUGAAGCUAUUGCCACUACGGAGCAAGCUUUGCACUGCGUACACUCACAGUUGUGUUGACGUUUUCCUUCAAUUUUCUCUGAUUACUACUGUUCUGAUAACUGUGGGUGCAUGUAAUGUGGCCGGUCGGUCCCAGUCUGGUCAGUGUUAUCUACUUCACCUCUCACUGAUUGGGCUUUCCGUGGGUUUCUCGGGGAUCUGGAUCUGGGUGCUCAGUUUGCUCUGGAAUUCAGUGUAUUUGGGACACUCUUCUAGAGAGGGAGAGUAGAGAGAGAGAGAGCCAUGUCAGGCAAAUCGGCUGAGCCGGCGCCGCACCCGCCGAAGGAUCAGCUUCCCAACGUCUCCUUCUGCAUGACUAGCCCUCCUCCAUGGCACGAGGCUAUCCUCCUUGGGUUUCAACAUUAUUUGGUGAUGCUGGGCACCACGGUUAUCAUUCCCACAGCUCUUGUUCCUCAAAUGGGGGGAGGGAAUGAAGAGAAAGCAAAGGUGAUUCAGACACUGCUCUUUGUUGCUGGAUGUAACACCUUACUGCAGACAUUCUUUGGUUCUAGAUUGCCUGCUGUGAUUGGAGGGUCAUACACAUUUGUCGCAGCCACAAUUUCAAUUAUCCUCUCUGGUCGAUUCAGUGAUCCAGAUCCUAUAGAGAGAUUCAAAAAGACAAUGCGGGCAAUCCAGGGUGCAUUAAUUGUUGCUUCGACUCUUCAGAUAGUCCUGGGUUUCAGUGGCCUUUGGCGUAAUGUCACAAGGUUUCUGAGUCCACUCUCAGCUGUUCCUUUGGUCGCUCUUGCUGGUUUUGGGCUUUACGAGUUUGGUUUUCCUGGGGUUGCUAAAUGUGUUGAAAUUGGGCUGCCACAGCUUAUCAUCUUAGUCUUUCUCUCACAGUAUCUGGCCCAUAUUCUAGGCAAAGGAGAGAAAAUCUUUGAACAAUUUUCUGUAAUAUUUUCGGUGGCGAUUGUUUGGAUUUAUGCUCACAUACUCACUAUAGGUGGGGCCUAUGAUGAUAAACCACCAAAAACACAAAUAAGCUGCCGUACUGAUCGUGCCGGGCUUAUUGAUGCUGCUCCUUGGAUAAGGGUUCCUUAUCCCUUUCAAUGGGGAGCACCUUCAUUUGAUGCUGGUGAAGCCUUUGCCAUGAUGGCUACGUCUUUUGUUGCUCUUGUAGAGUCCACUGGUGCCUUUAUUGCUAUUUCAAGAGCUGCAAGUGCAACUCCCAUGCCGCCUUCUGUUCUCAGCCGAGGUGUCGGUUGGCAGGGAGUUGCCAUUUUAGUGUCAGGGAUGUUUGGAACUGUGAAUGGAUCUUCGGUAUCUGUUGAAAAUGCUGGUCUUCUAACUUUGACUCGUGUCGGCAGUAGGCGGGUUGUGCAAAUAUCAGCUGGAUUCAUGAUUUUCUUUUCUAUUCUUGGGAAAUUUGGAGCCGUCUUUGCCUCGAUUCCAGCACCAAUAGUUGCUGCUUUAUAUUGCCUUUUCUUUGCUUAUGUGGGUUCAGUUGGUUUAAGUUUCCUUCAAUUCUGCAAUCUCAAUAGCUUCCGAACAAAAUUUAUACUGGGAUUCUCCAUCUUUCUGGGCCUGUCAAUACCCCAGUAUUUCAACGAGUACACCGCAAUUAAUGGGCGUGGCCCGGCUCACACAACCGGGAGAUGGUUCAACGAUAUGAUCAAUGUUCCCUUCUCAUCGGAGGCAUUUGUUGCCGGCGUGCUGGCCUACUUCUUGGACAACACAAUACGCAAGAAGGGUGAUCAGAUCAGAAAAGACCGGGGCAAGCACUGGUGGGACAAAUUCAAGUCCUUCAAGACCGACCCGAGAAGCGAUGAGUUCUACUCUCUGCCCUUAAACCUCAACAAAUACUUCCCAUCGAUGUAACGUCAACGUUGCCGGAGAGCUGCAACUUGCCCUUGCACUGGCUUACUUGCAUCUAAUCUGUGAUGCCUAAUAUCACAUAGAAAUUGUUCUAUUUCAUGUGUUCCAUCUUGUUGCAUAAGAAGCAGUAGAAAUCAAUCUUUUCUGCAGGAUAUCUUAGGAAUUGUUGAUUUUUAUCUUGUUGCUGUAAAUCGAAUGGGAAGAUGAGGGCUUGAAAAGGUAGCAAUCAAACAUGUUUUCUGAUCUCAGCUCUGCAUUUUGCCGCAUUUUCUGUGUAAAUCAGUCCCUUUUUAGUUGGUUUGCUGAUACAACUCUGAAGAUUUACAGAGGAAAUCUGGUUUGCUAGAUGUUGCAUGACAUUGAAAUUCACCUUCCCUAA